GCACUGAAUCAUGGUCAAUACAAAGCAAUCAUGUCCGAGCCCAUGGAUGUUUUGAGAAUGCACAAGCUAUACAAGUUGGUUCCAAUAUGGAAAAGAGAAUGCAAAGACCAUCUGUACCAGGUGCUACAGGAAACCAACAGACUCCUAAUUGCACAACUGGAGGAGGAGCACUUCAUUGAGAGACACCAGGAGGAGCUGAUUCAACGUGUAGUUGGUGUGGAUCUUCUUGUAGUUUCUCUGUGCUGGAAUGAAACAAUAACACGUGAGCAAAUGUCCAAUCUGAAAGGUCCUGACCAACAGCAGAUGCGGAAACUGUAUGAACUGGUGCCAAGCUGGACGGCAAAGGACAAAGAUAAGAUGAAACAGAUCUUAAUGAAAACAAACAGGCGGCUCAUGGCACAGCUUGCAGGGGGCCAUUUUGUGGACAGACAUCGGGAGGAACUUGUUGAGCAAAUGAAACCGUUCCCGCUGAGAAGGCUUUGUGGUCUUGCCCUGAAUAAGGAACAAUACAAGACUCUCACUGAUUGCGCAACAGAAAAGGCAAAAGUGGAAGCAUUAUUCCAGUUAGAGCGGAAGUGGAGCAGGCGACAGAAAGACCAGCUGUAUCAAGUGCUGCUAGAAACAAAUAGACCCAUCAUUGAAAUCCUGGAGGAGGAGCAUUUUGUUGAAAAGCACCAAGAAGAACUGAUUCAUCGAGUCCACAGUGUUGAUGCUAUCUUACGCAGGCUCCAAGAUCAAUGUUCGUUGGUAAUGCAGGGCUCAGACCAGCAGAAAAUGCAAGAGUUGUACACUCUGGUGCCAAAAUGGAACAAGAAACAGAAGGACCGUCUAUAUACAGUGCUGAAGAAAACAAAUGGACCCCUUGUUGCAGAACUUGAGGAGGGGCACUUCAUUGAGAGGCAGAAGGAAACUUUAAUUGAAAGAGCAACUGGGAUCAAGCAGGUUGUGAAGCAACUGCUACGGGUUACAAUCCAUCACAUUUUGUAUUUGAUCAUCUUGAGCAAGCACACAGACAGUGAAAAAAUGAACACCCUCUACACAGCGGUGCCCAACUGGAACGGAGACUGGAAAGAUUAUCUGUACCAGGCUUUAAGAGAAACAAAUGGACACCUGAUCAAGGAAAUAGAGGGAAGGAAAAGCUGUAAAGAGGGCUUGAUUCCUGACCCACUGGCAGAGGAGAAAUGCUAUUUAUGUGAGGAAGACAUGGAUUUUCCAGAGGUAAAACCAGAACUUGUUCUAGAUGCUAAAGGGGAGCUGAAGUUGUACAAAAUGCAGUGCCCCAGGGCAGGCAACUUUGAGUGCUCUGUAACCAAACUCAAGUUUGAGAUGAGGUCAGGUGGGACUCUCACAUACAUGUACAGCUCCUGGGAUCAGCAUCUGGGCAAAGCUGAGAUGCAGGACUGGAUGGCAGCUGGUCCGUUGUUCAACAUCCAAGCCGAUGCUUCAGGCAAAGUGGCAACUAUUCAUCUGCCCCUUUUUAUUUGUCUCAAAGGGAGGAAAACAGACAUUUCUCAGAUUAAAAUUGCCCAUUUCCUUGAUGUGGGGAUGACUGUGGAGGAGCCAACACGAAUGAGUCCAUUUCAUGUGGUGUUAGAGAAUCCUACAUUUUCUUUCUUGGGUGUGCUGUGUAAGAGCAUGUACCGGCUGUUUCACUUCUUCCCUAUUCAUUCGGUGGUGCAGCUGUAUCAGUCGAGUAGGACUGCGAGCCUUCAUCUCUAUGUAAUUCCAAAUGACUCUUCCUUGAUUCAGGCCAUCAAAGACGAGGAGGAAAAGCACCACUCGAUGCUGGUGCAAAAACGCCCACAAACAGAUGAACCUUUGUACUUUGGGUCUCACUAUGUUGUACGCAGCUCAACAGAUCUGAAGAUAAACCCAGAGGAACUGGAAUUUUCCUACCAGAACCCAGGACAAUUGCAGUCUUUUGUGGAAAUCUGUGUUGGAAAAGAGGGGCGAAUAGAACUCAGCCUGAGAAAGAAGGAAAAUCUUUGCUCAGUCUGGGAUGCUUGGCUGGAACCAGAGGAACUGUUGAUUCAGAAAGAGCACCCUACUUCUGUCCCAGCAAUUAAAGAAAAAGCAGCACCAGUCAAAGCAACGAAGACCAUCCGCGACCACCUAUGGAAGAACCUGGAGGAAUUGCAAGAUUAUGAUCUGAAGAAGUUCAAGGGCAAACUCAAUGAAUUCCCAGUGAAGGGGGGCUUCGAAAACAUCCCCAAAGGGCAGCUGGAGAAGGCAGAUGUCUUAGGCCUCACUGAUCUGCUGCUCAACUACUACGACGAGGCGUAUGCGGUGGAGCUGACUGUUAACGUGCUGGAAGCCAUCAACCUUAGGCGCCAGGCAAACAGGCUCACCAAGAUGGGUCUUGCUGAUCAAUGCACUAAACCUUCCCAAAGGCUUCCUGAGGCAACAGAGAAAAGACAAGCCCUGCAGAAUGUUCUGUGCAAACUAAAAUUAGAGACUCAUAAAAGCAACAAACUCUCCUUGCGAGAAGUCCUGGAAAUCAACCUUGGAAGUCUAAAGGAAGCCACCCCCCAGAAACUGGGGGAUUUGCCCUGGCAUUUCCUGAGGAAGGUCCUGUCUCUGAAUGUGACUGCCAGGAACACAAACCUUGAGCAGGGACAGCUGAACUAUCAAGAAAUGAGGGAGAAAGAGGAGGGGAAGCUCUUCAGUGAGAACAUUUUCUUCACUAAUGAGAAUAUAUCUAUGAACACCCUUGACGUCCUCUGUGCUGUUCUGCUUUGUUCGGACAGUUUCCUCCAACAGGAGAUCCUCUCCAAGAUGUCCCUGUGCCAGUUUGCCCUGCCAUUGCUGCUGCCUCCCUUGGAGAGUCCCACCUGCACCCUGAUGCUCUGGGCCAUGAGGGACAUCGUGAAGAAAUGGAGGCCCCAUUCCAUGGCUGAAAGCCGAGGCUUUAGGGAGGAAAGCCUGGUGAUGGCAUCCAUGCUGACCAUCUCCUUUGUGCGGAUGGGAAACUUAAAUUUCUCCAAGUCAAAAUUCCUCAAUGAAUUUCUCAGCCCCUCCCAGCAGCACCAUAAUUAUUUCAUGCACCAAGAUAUGGAGUAUGGGGACAUCCCUCGGAAAAUCGCUGAUGGCUUGGUAGAGAUGGCCUGGUACUUCCCAGGAGGAGAGGAGAAUUCAGAUUUGUUUCCUGAGCCUGUUGCAGUUGCCAAUCUCUGUGGGGACAUUGAAUCACACAGGAUGCAGUUUAGCUUUUUGACACAGGUCUCUUCAGCUGUGUUUGUAUUUGCUAAACAUAUCAGUGAGCAUGAAUGUAAUGUCUUGUCAUCACUGAAGGGGUCUGCAACUCAGUACUUCCUUAUCUUGGAAGAAAGAUGCAGAGAAUCCAGUCAAAGUGUGGGUUUCCUUAAAAAAGUGGUUGCAGAGCUUAAUCUCAAGCCUUCAGACAUACUACUGAAAAAUGCCAUGAGAAAUCAGGCAGAAUUUGUGAAAAAGCUACGAAGCAUAGUUGGAAGAAUAAUUAACGCUCCUUUCAAGUGUAGCAGCAUAAAAGAGAUGGCUGAUGUGGCACGUAAGCUUUCUAUCCAGGCUGAUGAAGACUGCCAAGACUGUCAAAAUGCUCUCCAAUGUGCUGAGCAAAUCACAAAAGAAAUAAAAGAUGUUGUGAAGUACAAGGAAGAAACACUGAAGCUCCAAGGUGUUCUCUGGAAGAAACUGGCAGAAACACAAAGAGAACUAUGCAGAAUGAAAAAGCUAGGGGAUAAGACUUUGGAAAAAUACAGAUCAGAACUGAUUGCCAGGAUAUCAGAACUACGUGAAAAACAAAAUCAAUGUGAUCUCCCAAGUAGCCUGACGAAUUUUAUCGUACGCAUCAAACAGCAGAAUUUCCCAGAGAAGCACUACUUCUUGAAAUGGAUGAAGUUUAAACUGGAUCACAUAACAAGAGCAAAUCGAGUGACUAUAUGGGAUGAGUACAAAGAAAAGAGCAGGGCUUCAGGAGAUGAUGGCCAGUAUAUCACAGAGGUAGACCAAAAGAUAAUUUCCUAUUCACUAGGAAUUGAGCAUUUCAUGCGCGAGCUGGGGCAAUUUUAUGAGGCAGAAUAUUCAGUGGCUAAAGGGAGCCAGAUUAAAAGUCAAUUUAAUAAUUUCCCAGGCAUUGUAGCCGACUUGAUGCUCGAAGGGUUUCCUUUAGAGCUCAUUGAUGGAGAUGCAUCCAACAUUCCCCUGCAGUGGAUAACUGCUGUUCUGACUGAACUGAAUAACAAAGUAAGGGGUCAGUCCAAAAUGUUUGUUAUAACUGUUUUGGGGGUACAGAGCACAGGAAAGUCCACCCUUCUAAACACCAUGUUUGGGCUUCAGUUUCCUGUAAGCUGUGGUCGAUGUACACGAGGUGCUUUCAUGACACUCCUUAAGGUUAGAGAAAAUUUGGCUAAGGAACUGGGCUGUGAUUUCAUCCUACUGAUAGACACAGAAGUGAAAGCCCCUGAGCUGGCAAAGGUGGAAGGCAGCUAUCAACAUGACAAUGAAUUGUCCACUCUGGUGAUUGGGCUGAGUGACAUCACAAUAGUGAACAUGGCCAUGGAGAAUGCCACUGAAAUGAAGGACAUCCUGCAAAUUGUGGCCCAUGCCUUCCUCCGGAUGGAACGGAUUGGUCAAAAACCUCACUGCCAGUUUGUUCAUCAGAAUGUCAGCGAUGUUUGUGCACAUGAUCAAAACAUGAGGGACAGGAAACGUCUUUUGGAACAGCUGAAUGAAAUGACCCAGGCUGCAGCAAAAAUGGAGAAGCUUGAUGGGAACAUCAGGUUUACAGAUAUCAUGGGCUAUGACCCAAGAAUACACAAUUGGUACAUCCCAGGGCUGUGGCAUGGAGUCCCUCCAAUGGCUCCAGUCAACAGGAGGUACAGUGAACAAGUAUUUGAAUUAAAGAAGCAUCUCUUCGAAUUCAUAAGGGACCACUUAGGUAAACAUUCUGCCAAGGACAUCCCCCAGUUUAUUGGAUGGGUGAAGAGUCUGUGGAAUGCCGUGAAACAUGAGAAUUUCAUCUUCAGCUUCCAGAACAGCCUCAUAGCAGAAGCGUAUAUUAAUCUGUCUGUGAAAUAUUCUGAAUGGGACUGGGAUUUCCGCCGAGAGAUGCACCACUGGAUAUCUGAGCAGAAAACUUUGAUAGAGAAUAUUACUCCUGACGAACUUAAUUUCUAUUACUGGCAAAAUGAACUUCAAAACAAACUAUCAUGUGAAGAAAAGCAGCUUUUGGAGAAAUUGGAUAAAUACUUUGAAAGUGGGGCAACAAAUCUUCAUCUGAUUGAAAAGUAUCGAGAAGAUUUUGUCAGGAGUGCCAGUACCCUCAAAUACGAAAUUGAAAACUAUUCUCAUAGCAAAUUGCAGGAUACCAUCUGCAUUAAAAAGGGCCAGCAAAAAAUUGAACUGCUCCAAACUGAAUACCUGAAAACAAUCGAAAGGAAGGUUGAUAGACUUCUUGAAGUAUAUAGGCAAAAAGAUUGCAGAUUGGAAGAUGAGGAGUUGGAACAAGAGUUUGAAAGAAUGUGGAAUGAAACAUUGUCAGAAAUGCAAACUGGUCAGUUGGAGAAGCAUCAAAUAUAUAAAAAUAUUGAACAGCAUUUGAGAAAAGAUUGGCACAUUCGAGCGAGACAAAUCCCCGCAAAACUUCAAGAAGGGUUGUUAACCUUCAAGAUAAGCGAUUUCCAAGUUAAAGAUGAACACAUAAACUCAUAUUGGUCACACUUGAUGUGCCUAGUUAAAAAUGAAAGUAUGCAUAAAGUAGAACAACUUUCUCAUUCAUUGAUGGAAGAAUGCAUUGCAUAUAUUGAUGAAAAAAAAUCUAAAGGAGAUUACAGUGAAACAUUUUGUUGUGAGCUUUUGCAGAAAAUCAAUAGGAUGCUUGAACUGGGCAAAGUUAAAAAACUUAAAAUAACAGCUUCCUUUGAAGUAGACCUAAAGAUUCACAUUUUGGGAGAAGCAGCUAAUGAGUUUCAGAAGAUGCAUGAAAGAUUCAUUAAGGAAAAUGAUCCCAAGAGACACCUGGAAAAGUUGAAACCUCAGUACCUCUCCAAUUUUAAAGAUCUUUAUCAGAAAAAAGAUGCCCAGCAAAUUAGAGCAAAAAAUUUCUGUGAUCAGGUACUCCAUCCUGGCCUAGAAGAUUACAUGAAGAAAAAGCUUGGAAUAGAAAUAGUGAACAACUUUCUCCAGAGUAAACACUCCAUCAGAUAUUCUAAUCGGAGCUUCUUUCAGUUUACUGUUCUGCAGGAUCUUCUGGAAGAGAUGAAUUUUGACAGCUAUGUGAAAUAUAUACAUUCCUAUGAACAAUUUGUCAAGAGCUGGAUUUGGAAACAAAUGAUUAAUUAUUAUGCACCAACAAAGGUUCUGAAGACCUUAGAGGAAACAAUACUUUCAGCAAUUGUAGCAAAAGUUGAGGACACACUGAAUAUCUUGAAGAACAAAAAUGCCCCAACAUUCUCAAGAUUUUUGGAUGAUGUUUGUCUGCAACUGCAAAAGGAUUUGGUUAUUUCUAAGAAGAGUCUAGUGGGCUUAGAAUUUAAAAAUGCAUUCAAUCCUGGCCUAUUUACUGAUUUUGUUAAAGAGUUCCUUCCUGCUUUGCAAAAGCAAAUAUUGUCCGAGUUUGAUGGCAUGGAUAUCCAAUCCAAACUAUCUAAGCUGUCUUUGAAACCCCAGGAUGAGAUCUUCAAGCGGGUAUUUGGCUGUGGGAAGCAGUGUCCCUUCUGCAAAGUCCCCUGUGAAGCUGGAGGGAUUGGCCAUCAAGAGCAUUUUGCAACGAUCCAUCGGCCUCAAGGACUGGGAAAAUACAGAAAAAUAGUGUCAGAAAAGCUUGUUUAUGAUAUUUGUUCCAGUGCUGUGGCUUCUGACAUAAAGUUCCAGAAUCUGGAUACAGACUGGAAACUCCAUCCAUACAAAGAUUAUCAUGUGUAUUAUCCAGACUGGAAGAUCCAGCCAGAUCCCAGUAUCAAUGCAUCUGAUUAUUGGAAGUUCAUUUUUAAAGAGUUCCAACAAGAGUUCGCGACACUCCACAAAGCUAAAGUGGCAGAUCUGCCAAACGCCUGGAAAAAUAUAACCAAAGAACAGGCAUUGAAAGCCCUGCAGAAAACCUACAAUAUGCAACAAGCUGUUUCCUUCCAAGAGCCCCCCAAACUCAGUGAGCCCUAAAGGAUCAGUGAACAGGAGAGGUGUCCAGCAAAACAUGCAAGAAGCCUGCCCCAUUUAUGUUUCUGGGCUGUAAUUCCUGUAGGACUAUCUCAGGUGCUAGGCACACUUGCCAGUGUUGCUGUGGGUGUCUUCCAUUUUGUGGGCAAAGCCUUCAUCUUGUCAGGCUCAGUCAGAAGGCCUGGCUCAGCAGAGACAGACAAAGGACACCUCAGAACAGGAACACCAUUUAAUGAAUAGUUGUUUGCUAUCAAAAAGCAUCACAGGGUCCUCGGCCUGACUAGCUAGCUUGCCUGUGGGAAUCUCCCAUCCUUCCUGUAUCCCUGCUUAUCAGUAAGUUGCUUAGCUGCAGCUGGACUUGUUAGGGUGGGAAACUUUAGGUUGUUUAGAUUGCAGGGCACCAUGGCAUCAGCAGCAAAAAGUGUAUAACUGCGUGCUUAGCCCAGCACACCUUUGUUCGUACACUGAAAUGUCACAGGUUGUCUGUUGCAGCUGGCUGAAAGCUUGCCUUGCAGUCCAAUUCAUGCUGUGGGUUAAUUGCUGUGAAACGCUUUUGAAAGUUAGCUAACUUGUAGUUUGUGCACACAAUAAAGCACUUUCAUUCUUGUAAGUUUCCUUGGAAUCUGAAAGAACUCUCUCCACUUACUACAGGGAGCAAUGCAGCCAAUCAUCAUUUGGCUCUACAUGUUAUGGCAAGGUUGUAAACGCAUAUUAGAAGCCAAUCCAUUUAUUUUUGUUUGUCUUCCAUUUAGAUCAUGAUAAACUUAGGGUGACUUUUAUGAUGCCAGUCACUAGCACCAGUCUGCAUCUACUGCUCCUCCACUUGGCACCUCUUAUAGGGAGGCUUUGGUGUGCACACAUUUCCCCUAUUGGGGAAAGAACUUGGGUAACACAGCUGAGCACGAAGGGGGCUUGUUUGCUCUGCCUAGGCUUUCUGCAUUCUCUGGAACUGCUGAACUCUCUGGCACACAUCACAAGAGAAAACUAAAGCCUCUUUGCUCUCUGUUGCCUGAUUGCUGAUGCCUAGGUAUUUUAGAAGGGGGUGGAGGUAGGUGGAUGGAUGGAUGGACUAGGUAAACCAUUGCACACAUUAGGUAAUCCUUCCUUUGAUAAAACAGGCAAGAGCCCUUAAAAUACAUCCAACCUUAGGAUAACAUUACUUUGCAUAUCAGCCUCAAUUUUCCAGGCUUAGUUCUGUUGUACCUUCACCACCAAGAAACACCAACAUUAAGUGCCAACAUUCAUAUAUCACAGCAGAGAACAGAAGUUCUCUAGAGCACCAAGUGAGUGAAAAAAGAAAGAACAAGUUGAAUACACUUCCUUGUCAAUAGGAUAGGGAGAUGCUGCUUGCCAGAAAAAUAGAAAAAAUUAUUCUGUUAUGAUAGUGGUGCACACAAUUGUGUUCUUUGUAUUUCAGCCUCCUCCAUCUUUCCUUCCUGUCUCAUAUUCUCUUUGUUAGUAAAACAAAAGCAGGAAAAGUUAAUGGCAAGGAUAAUAUUUGAAAACUUUGAUCUUAGGAACAAUAGUGUUUAUGCUAGUGUGAUUUUCAUACUGAUUAUAUAUAUUAUCCCAUUUUCUUAAAUCAAUAAAAGGAUUGUCUGAACAUUUA